UUUUCUUUGCCCCUCGAGCUCUGUUCUUCCCCUCUCUCUCUCUCUCUCUCUGACACGCCAAGACCAAAGCCAUUCAAGAUUUCUGCUCCAAAACCCAACUCUCAAACCGGACGGGGAAAAAAAUUCGAAGUAGAGGUAAAAAAAGAUCCGAGGGAUAUGUUUUUGUUCUUCCUCUUCUUCUAGUUCUACUUCAAGUUCCUUCGUAUGGUAACGUAAAGUUGCAGGGUCGUAGAGGUUGCCGUCCGAGGAUCGUUGUGGAGUUGUUUUCGCUCUGUUUUCUUGAGCUUUAAAGUUUCUAUGAAGAGAAGUCGAUAAAAAUAUUUUCUUCGUGCAAUUUUUCGUGAUACUUUUUAAGAUGGAUUCUGUUAAAUCAUCGGACGUGAAUCCUGCUAAGGGUAAACUGGCACGCACCUUUGCUAAAGUUCUUCACCUUCGAGUGGCAACUGGAGUUGCCCCGGUUGAUGGAAAUCAAAAGGUGAAGCCCCAAGAAAAGAUCAAGAAAGACUGGAAUGUUGGCAAGAGUGCAGCCCGAACGGGUAGUCGGUCCCUGCCUUUUGAUAAUGAAGAGGAGCUAGAGAAUAAGGUGGCCUUGCAAGCUCUUCUUGCCAAACUGUUUGCUACCAUUUCAUCCAUUAAAGCUGCAUAUGCUCAGCUACAGUAUUCUCAGUUUCCUUAUGAUGCUGAUGGGAUUCAAGCUGCUGAUCAAAUGGUAGUCUCAGAGUUGAAGAAUUUGUCGGAAUUUAAGCAGAGUUACUUGAAGAGACAGUUUGAUCCUUCACCAGAGAAUGCAAUGCUUUCAGCUGAAAUUCAGGAGCAAAAGAGUGUUUUGAAAACCUAUGAAAUAAUGGGGAAGAAAUUGGAUUCUCAGCUGAGGCUCAAAGAUUCUGAACUUAUAUUUCUGAGAGAGAAAUUGGAGGAAGCCACUAAACAGAACAGGUUACUUGAUAAGAGAUUGAACCAAAGUGGGCAGUUAUAUGUGCUCGACAAUCUUCAGCAUUCAGGCUUGACUCCUACUCAUCUUGUAACAGUUCUCCGGCAUGCAGUUAAGUCCAUUCGAAGUUUUGUCAGGUUGAUGGUGGAGGAGAUGAAAUCUGCUGGUUGGGAUAUUGAUGCAGCAGCAAAUACCAUGGAACCGGGUGUGGUUUAUCUGAAAGAUGAUCACAAAUGCUUCGUGUUCGAGUCCUUCGUUUGUAAGCAAAUGUUCGAGGCUUUCAAUUAUCCAAACUUCUCUCUUCCAGACAAGUCUUUGCCAGAUAAAAGGCACCAACUGUUUUUUAGGCUAUUCAUGGACAUGAAAUCUGGGAAACCAAAGGAGUUUCUUGAGCAGAAUCCUAAGUCAAAGUUUUCAAAAUUUUGCCGUGUUAAGUACUUGCAACUCGUUAAUCCCAAGUUGGAAUCAUCUUUGUUUGGUAAUCUGAAUCAAAGAAACCUCGUGAAAGCCGGGGAAUUUCCAAACACCACAUUCUUUGCUUUAUUCGCUGAAAUGGCAAAGCGAGUUUGGCUGUUACACUGUCUGGCCUUCUCUUUCGAGCCUGAGGCCUCAGUCUUUCAAGUUAACAAGGGAUGUCGAUUUUCAGAAGUGUACAUGGAAAGUGUAGCCGAUGAAGCAUUCCUUUCAUCGGAUGACACACCAGAAUCCGAUCCACGGGUAGCUUUCACAGUUGUUCCGGGGUUCAGGAUAGAUAAAACUGUUAUACAAUGCCAGGUCUAUCUCUCUCAAUUUCAAACCAAGGUACCCAAAGAGCAAGCAAAGGUUUGAGAUGUUCGGCCAUUAGUGUGAAAUGGCAUGUCUGGUAGCUGUGGGGUGUAGGUGUUGUGGGGGCGGCGUCCGACUUGAUUAACACCUUCAGGCUGGUUGUCUAUUUAUUUUUCGUUUAUUUUGGUGGCCAUUUCGAAAAGGAAACCGCGUGAACCGUUGGUGUUUGAGGACGACAGCCUUUUGGAACUCUGUCUGUUAACUUUUGUAAUUCAAGGACACCCCCUCCAAUUUUGUUAAUAUUAGGCUAGAAACAGAGAUUGUCCAGCUGUUUCUCCAUCAUUACCAGACAUCUCAUGAUGUAAUAUUAUGUACAUAAUGAUAAAUAGGUACACAAGGUUUUCAUA